GGUUAUUUCACUGUGUUAACCUGAUUCCUGUUCUCGAUGGUUUCACAUAUCAAACCUUUUUACCUUUUUGCUGAUUAACACUGGAUUAACAAUCAUUUUUAUAUCAUUAUUGUAAUCUAAAGAGUUGACCAUCUUUACCAACUGAAAUCAAUAUUUCAAGCUUUCUUUUCCAAAGAAUUUGGAUUUUCUCUUUUCCUGCAAAUGUUGACUUUCAUCUUUUGAUUUGGAAAUUCAAUGUUCUCGAUGUUUAUCAAGUUGAUUCAUAUUUAAUGUGGCGACAUUUAUUGAAUUUCGGGUCAACUUUAGUAUCUUUUUUGCUUCAAAUGUCAAUUUUGUGUCAAUAAUAAUCUUGUGUGUUUUGUGUGUUUCACUUGUCAAAAUUCAUUGUUAUUACACUUGUUUGUUAUUUUCAUGGAUUAAUUAACAUCUCAUUGUGACAACAAUACAACAAUGUUUCCAAUGUUAUCAUCUUCAUCAGCAACAGCAACAUGUUACAAUCUGGCAACAUUUAUGUUGAUCAUUUUUAAAAUGCAAAUGGUAACUUGUUUACAAAGCUCAUCUAAAUGUAAUCGGACUGUUGAUAUCUAUGAGACAAUAUCAGAGCCCAAACUGAAUGACUUGAAUCGAGGUCAGCCAAUAACUUGCAUCUACACAAUACGAAUCAAACCAGAACGAAAAGAUUGGCUAGUUUUCAUUCGAUUCACCAAAUUCAAGGUUGGUGAAGUGAACCAGCAUCGAACCCACUGCAUUGGAGGUUACUUUCAGAUCAUUGAUGGAUACAAAAAUACAAGCAGCUUACAGCAUACCAAUCCAGGUUACUUUUGUGGUGAAAUUGACAUGCCUAAGAAUAUUAUAUCUGAAACACCGUAUGUUCGAAUAAUAUUCCACUCUGAUUCCUACUCGGAAGACACUCACUUUCAGUUUAGCACGGAAGUUCAAAAGCAAGAGGAACACUGGACCAAACUGGGUCAAUUUCACAAGACACGAAACCGGCGAGGCCAGUUGAUUCCCAACACUUACUGUGACAAGAUAAUCCAAGACUGUUCACCUGGCCACUGUUACAUCCAUUCGCCUGGUUAUCCUGAAAUUUAUCCACGAAACUUGAAGUGCAGAUACUUGGUUAAGUCUCCAGGAGGCUUGAUUAAACUGGAAAUUGUCGAUAUGGAUGUUGAUGGGGAACAGUGUGAAGGAAUGCUAAUUUGCUUCCCAAGGCCAGUUACACGUAAUUACAAUCAAUGUUUAUACGAUUCAAUUAAAAUUUAUGAUGGUUCAACAUCAAAGGAUCCACUUAUAACAACACUUUGUGGAAGAGGUCGUUUAUCAUCAAACAUAAUUGCCUCUCAACCAUGGAUGUUAAUUGAAUUUGAAAGUUCACCUGCUGGACGUUUGGUUGACACUGGAUUCCAGAUUAAAGUUGAAACUGACAUAAUAACCGAUCAAGGACGAUCAAUCGAGGUUUCUCCUGAUGGUUCAUGUGUUCUCCAGGAAACAAUUACCGAUUCUGUUGAUACAAAUGUAUUCAACAAUCCUCGCUCCUGGUUUCCUGCCAACACUACUUGCUCAUACAUUUUCACGGUUCCCAACCCACAGGAUCACAUUUCCAUUGAAUUUUUGUCCUUUACCAUUGAAAGGAUAACUUUGUGCGAGGAAAAUAUUCGCAUCUUUGACGGUCUGGAACCUGAUCCAUUCAGAUUAAUGAACAUUCUGUGUGAUACAAAUAAGCCAAUGGGUGGUGCAUCGGAACCAUUGUACACUACAACUGGACCUUCCCUUUUAGUCCAAUUUCAUAGUUCAACUGGUUCACUGGAUGGUUCAUCAAUCAACUAUCGAUUCCAAGUGAAACGAAUAGUUCCCGAAGUUAAAGUUUCCUCUGAACUAGUUUCCUCCAAUUGUUCACGUCUAUUUACUGCCUCUGACUGGUCAGUCAAACCUUUUCCCAAUCCAUCAAGUUCAACCUCAACAAGUGAACAACUCAAUGCAGGAAGCUUCACCAUUAACCCGUCCGACUUUGCAUUCCCAAUCAAUGGUAAAAUCCAUUGCAACCUAACUUUUGAUGCCUCAGUACUGGCCCAUGGACGCGUCAACCUGUCCAUAGUAUCUGCCUUCAACUCAGCACUGACUUGUGGUAAAUACUGUGACAUUGGGAUACUCGGAGCCAACCAGGCCAAGCUGCUUGUUCACCGUGCAGUAGACUCGACUCACUUCCUAUCACCUCUUUGCUAUUGUGAGCCAACCUCUCGUGAGUUUCCCUUCAACUUUCAAACUGAAUUUUUGUACAAACAAGGAUCAAAGGUGGCUGGAAGUGCCAUUGGAAAUGAUGUCAUUAACUUUAUAUCAAACAGUUCGAUACUUCGAAUCAACAUCAACUUACCUUCAGAUUGGGGACGAAGACCAGAAUCGAAGCCAAUAAAGAUCAAUUUCCGAUUUGUUCGUGAACAGAGGUGCGGUCCUGAAGAAGUUAUAACACAAGCAUCUCAAUUGCAAGGCAGUAUAAUAUUUCCUUUCCAAAAGGCAAGAUUGAGUCAGCCCGUCACAAUGGCUCGAAAAAUGUCCACAAGUAAAAGAUCAAAUAAUCAAACGAGAUUGCCAGCCAUAUCACAACCAUUUACAUUUGGUCAGAAUGGAUUAUCUUCGUCGUCCUUCACAAACGAUAACCAUUUCUGGGUUUCAUCGGAAUGGCCUUUGUUUUGCAAAUGGAGAGUCCAUGUUGUACCAGACAUGGACUUGACUUUCAAUGUGAAGAAUCUUGACUUGCCUUCCGAUUGCUCAAAUAACUUUCUUUUGAUUAAAGACAUUCCUUUGUGUGGUUACAAUCAGCCAAUUCAUUCUGAAUACACUGCCUCAAAAAUUUUCAACCAUCACCACCAUUCACAUCACUCACAUCAUCAUCAUAGCCAUGGUCACCACCAGUCAUCAAGCUCAUCAGCCUCAGCAUCUGAUUCCGCAUCGAAUCAUCAUCAUCAACCGCAACAUUAUUCAUUAAAUUAUGGUCCAAAUGCCAAUUUACCAAGUCACUCAAUGACAGCUACAACAAAUCCAAAACAUGGUCCACAACAGGCUAACAUAAUAAUGAGACGAGAAGAAAUACCAAGUUACAUAAAUGGCUAUCCAAUAUCGGGUUACUCACUUUUUACAGAUAAAACGGUCACCAAAAUUGUGGACAUUUACUUGAGCUCCAAUGAUCCUGAAGCAACGUCCUUCCAACUCUACUGGACUCAAUUGAAAUUAUUACCUGAAACAGUUGACUCAACUGAACUUUUGGUUUCAGUUUCAUCAGACUGUGAUUUCUUUUGUAAAUCAUCACGCUCCUGUCUUCGGUCAAGCCUGGUUUGCAAUGGAUUCCCAAAUUGUCCGCUCACAACAACUCCAGAUGGUUCACCUGUUCCGGCAGAAGAUGAAUCGGAGGAUCUUUGUUCCAAACCAUCUCUUCUUUACUCACUGGUAUCAAAUCGAUUUGUUUUAAUUGGUCUAUCCUUGCUAAUUCUAAUUGUCCUUCUCCUUCUUACCAUUACAAUUACUCGCCGAAUCAUGGUUAAAUAUCGUCGCAAAAAUGAUUCCUUCUGACAAUUACCUAACCGACCGUUGCCAUUACCAUGUGAUUAUGAUAAUCGCCAUGGAUACUAUGGUUACCAUGGGCAAUAUGGCGUAAAUCGACAACAAAAUCAAUCACAAACUCAACAACUUUAUUAUUCAAUUGAUGGUUCAACGGGUCAAUCAACACUUUCUCACAUGGACACUACCAACAAUGAUGAUGUUUACAACUAAAUACUGGUCUCUUACAUUUUCAAUCAACCCAAAUUUGAUUGAAAACUGUCUCAACUGCCUUCAACCUUGAUUUGCCUUCGUAUAAUCAUUAAUCUGACCAAUUUGUACAAAUUAUAAAUGUCUUUUUUUAUACUAAACUGUGUAAAUAUUUUCUAUGGAUAUAAUUAAUUGUACAUACAUAUUUAUUCAAAAAAUGAUGCUUAUUAAUUGUUGUAAAACAAAACAGUUUCACCUCUAAACGAAUCUAAGUUUACCGCCAAAACCAAACCAACUCAUAAGGCCAAUCCAAUUUUCCAUGAACAAAGUCAAACCAAAAUUUAAAGGAUCUCAUUAUUCAGUUUGCCCCUUCUAAGGAAACCUAAAGUAAAAUACUAAGCCAAUUCUGGUCUUACCUCGGAAGCAUAUCAAGAUGGCCACCACCAGAAAUUAUGGGUCUCAACAACUGUUAACAUUGUUUUCAAGUGAAUCAAUAAAAACAAUUGUAUCAAAAUCAAA